ACAGGACAGCGCCGUAUCCGGGCGGGCCGGCGGCGGCGCGGCCAAUCAGAAAAAAGCGGCGGCGGGCGGCGGGCGCGUCCCGCCGGGGCGCUGCACUUUCGGUUCCUGUUGCGCGCGGGGUGGCGGCGCGUGGCGGGGACAGGCCGCGCCCCGGCUGCAGCCGCCCGCAGGAACCAAAUGUGAUGGCUGACGAAGAGCUGAGUGCCCGAAACCCCAGGAAGGGAAGCUUGUCCCCCAGCAGCGCCCGGGGCAGCACCGCCGAGUCGAGCACGCUGCUGCAGGAGCUGAAGGGCAUCAUCUCCAAAUCCGUGCAGAACAAAGUCGACGCCAUCCUGCAAGAUGUCCAGAAGUUUUCAGACAACGACAAGCUCUACCUCUACCUCCAGCUGCCCUCGGGACCAAGCUUGGGAGAGAAGAGCAGUAGCCUGGACCUGAGCUCGCUGAGCACGGCCGAGUACAUGCACGCGUGCAACUGGAUCCGGAACCACCUGGAGGAGCACACAGACACCUGCCUGCCCAAGCAGGACGUUUACGACGCCUACAAGCGAUACUGCGACAACCUCUGCUGUCGCCCUCUGAGCACCGCCAAUUUCGGCAAGAUCAUCCGGGAGAUCUUCCCAAACAUCAAAGCCCGACGGCUGGGAGGCCGGGGACAGUCGAAGUACUGCUACAGCGGGAUCCGGAGGAAGACAGUGGUCAGCCUGCCGCCCCUGCCCAGCCUGGACCUCAAAGUGACAGAGACUCAGCAGCAGUCGGAGCUGACGGACCUGGUGCAGUCCUACAACAGCGAGGUGAUGGAGGCAGCCUGUGCCCUGACCUGCGACUGGGCCGAGAAGAUCCUCAAGCGUUCCUUCAACAACAUCGUGGAGGUGGCCCAGUUCCUCAUCCAGCAGCACAUCAUCAGCUCCCGCUCGGCCCGCGCUGACCUGGUCAUGGCCAUGGUGGUCUCAGAGAGCGCGGAGAAGAUCCACCGUGAGAGUCGGACCCCAUCGACGGUGAAGAACGGUCUGGACACUCCAGAGAGCAGCGACCGGAGCCAGGGGCAGGUGAGACCCCACCGGAGCCGGGUGGGGAGCCAGGACCCCCUGGGUCCCCCGCAGCCUGAGGGGGCACGCUCGGGGAAGCAGCCCGGCUCCACCGCGACAUCUCUCUGCCUGCAGAUCAAGAAGGACAGCGGCCCCAAGCCCCCCAUCCCACCCCGGCCUGAGAAGAAGAAGCCUGCGGAACCCCCCAAGCUGGCCAGCAGCCCCCAGGUGAACGCCCUGGUUGCCCGCCUGCCCCUGCUCCUGCCCCGCAUCCCGCCGGCGGAGCGACCCACGGCACCCGGUGCUGCCGCCGUCCGUUCCUCCCCUCCUGUCCUGGCGCCCAAAAUCACGGCUGCCCCCCUGGGGGGCACCGUCAAGGUGGCCCUGCCGCUGCCGGUGGGCACGGCCUCCCCCUCCCUGCCCCUGGGGCUGGCCCCGGGGGCCAACGGGCCAGCGGGGCUACUGAGCCAGCAAGCCGCCGUGCCCGUCCUCAACGUCCUGCUGCCCGGUGUGGGCGUCCCCGCGGCCGAGAGCCCCGCCAACCCCCGGAGCGCGGGGAGUGGCGAGGGGCUGGGCCCCCCAGACUCGCAGCGCCCCAGGGCCACCAAGCGCCCCCCGGAACCGGCCGCUGAGGCUGCCCCGCAGAAGCGGCGACGUGGGCGGCCGCGGAAGAGGCCAGAGGAGGCGGCUGCGGGGGAGACGGAGCUGCACCGCGGGGUGGCUGCGGGUGCCGAUGGCGGUGGCGGUGCCAUCAGCCCCCUCGGGGACGGCCGGGCCGGGGGCUCCCUGCCCACCCAGGUCAGCGUCAUCCAGGAUGGCAGGGCCAAGGUUGCUGCUGAUGGCCACGAGCCAGCGGCGGAGGAGGACGUGGUGGCAGCACAGCGGAGCCUGAGCGAGGCCGGGACCCCCAUGGGUGAUGGCGGUGCUGCUGGGGGCUCCAGUGCCCCCCAGGAUGGGGGGGAACCCCACAUCCCCCCACACGAUGGACAGACACAGGCAGGGACUGGUCCCCCUGCUGCUGCCUCCCAGUCAGGGGCUGCAUCCCCUUGUGCCCCCAUGUCCCGGGGGGGGUCACCGGCGUGGGUGCGGCUCUGCGCCCACCCUGGUUCUUAGCACCCCCCCCAGCUGCCCCCCAGGACCCCGCCGGGUGCGGGUGCCCCCCGUGCCCCCCAUUAAAAGCUGAGCACUCCA